AUGGAAAAAGCCGAGUGUAAUAGACUUACUCAAGGUAAUUCUUGUGAGGAACAAGAGACAACAACAACAACACCAUGUCAAUUGCCAACAUUAUCUGAAAUCAAAAGAGAAAUUCCAGCUCAUUGUUUUCAUUCAAGUGUUCGUCGAUCAAUGAGCUAUGUUAUUAAAGAUAUUGUUUAUGUUAUUUUAACAUUUUCUAUUAUGUAUCAAAUAGACAAAUCAUUUAAAUAUGGUUAUCUACUUUUUCCUAUUUAUUGGUAUAUACAAGGAACUCUUUAUACAGCAUUUUUUAUACUUGGACAUGAUUGUGGGCAUUCAAGUUUUAGUUCGUAUCCAUUAUUGAAUGAUACUGUUGGCACAAUAUUACAUACAUGGAUAUUAGUACCUUAUUAUACAUGGAAGGUAACACAUAAUAAACAUCAUAAAAAUACAAAUAAUAUUGAUAAAGAUGAAGUAUUUUAUCCUCAACGUGGUGCAGUACAUGAAGCAUCGUUUAAAAAUUAUCUUUUAUAUUGGUUACCUGGAAUUGGUUGGUUUCAUUAUUUAAUUUUUGGAUAUAGACCAAGAGGAAUAAAUCAUUUUAAUCCAUUUGAACCAUUAUUCUAUAAUAAACAUUUAAUUGGUCUUUCUUUCACACUUGGUGCAUAUAUAGGAAUGUGUUAUCUCAUGUAUUUUUAUGCAAUUUCAAUUGGCUUUAUUAGUUUAAUUCUUUAUCAUUUGAUUCCCGUAUUUAUUUUUGCAUGUUAUAUAGUUAUUAUAACUAUGUUACAUCAUACAGAAAUUGAUGUACCUUGGUAUGGAGAUUCUGAAUGGAAUAAUGUUAAAGGACAAUUAUCAACAGUUGAUCGUCAUUAUGGUCAUGUUCAUUCCAUCAUUCAUUCAAUUGGUACACAUCAAAUUCAUCAUCUUUUUACAAAAGUACCACAUUAUCAUUUAGAAGAAGCAACAAUUCAUUUUCGAAAUAUUUAUCCUGAUCUUGUUCGAAUAAAUGAUGAACCAAUUUUAAUGUCAUUUCAUCGUAUGUGGAAAAUCUUUAUUAAUCAACGAUCUAUUAAAAAAGAUGUCCGCGUAUUUACAUAUUCAAAAGCUGAAAACUAUGAGAAUAAAAAAAUCUUUUAG